UUGGAUACAGUGGAUUUGAGGGAGUAUGAGCCGGUGGAUAAUAGUAUACAGUCGUUAUUGGGGGGUGAGAGGGAGUUGAGUGAGAGGUUUAAGAGAAAUUACGAGAAGUGGGUGGAGUUUGAGGUGAUUUUGGUAUUUAUUGUUAUUUUUUAUUAUUUAUUAUUGUUAUUUAUUAUUGUUAUUAUUUAUUUUUAUUUAUUAUUGUUAUUAUUUAUUAUUGUUAUUAAUUAUUAUUUUGAGGUAAUGAAACGACAGACGAAUUGGGAUCAGCUGUUAGUAAAUACGAGAGGGAUUACGGAUAUGGUCGUGUGA